AUGGCAACUUCAAGCAAAGCCCCUAAAGAAGUGAGCAUAGCUACCAAGACCACAACUGCUAAAAUAAAAGCUCCCAAGAAGAUUUUGGAGCUUCCUCCUUUAACUACAUUGUCUGCUCAAAUAACGGAAAAGACCAAAAAGGUACUUACACGCUUAUCAAAGAAAUACAAGCUUUUUAAAAUUACUUUGAAACUGCCUAUAGGCCUGAUGAUCUUAGUCGAACCAUCCGUGAAGCAGCUAUCACGCUCAAAGAAAAUGGAAAGUCUAAAAAUUCCUUCGUACGUUCCUCAUGAGAAACGCUACGAAAUGACUUUCGAACUGUUUCCCCUAAAAUUCCCUCCACUGCCUAAUGCUGACUUUGGAGUGGCCUUUGCCCCUCCAUUUCCAGACUGGGUUCCUCCUAAGAAACCCACCAUCAGAAGACCAGUCGAAUCAAAGACUGAGGGAGGCUGCUCGAAAACCUCCUCUAACUCCCAUCAAAAUCCAAAAACCCACAGAGACCCCGUCAUAAUAGAAUAUAACAAAAAGGAUUUGUCGCCAGUGCUCGACCUAACUUCCAGGAAGAGGAAGCAGCAACCAAAUAUCAGCGACGCUUUGAGCCAGCCUCCAACAAAACUCCCGAAGAAAAGGCCUUCUACACUUAUUAUCCAAGAGCCUACUCCUGAAGAAAUGGCAAAGAUAGCGGCGGCCCAAAGUGAGAGUGAUAACUCCAGCCCUGGGAUCGAAGGUGACAAGGGUGGCCCAAGUACCUUCAUUCGAACCAAAGCCAUAACUUCCUCCCCGCCAGCUUCUAUAGCGGAUGUCUUAAAUAGUGAUGGUGAACCCACUUAUCGACCAUCAUCUGAAAAAAACUCCAUGAGUAAGAUCAAUCAGCCUCUUUCUGGUGGCCUUGAUACUUCACCAUCAAAGACUGCUACUCAACAUUCCCACACCAACGACUCCGAUCAUGAAACUGCUUUGAUCGAAGAAGAUGAGGUUGGAGUGAACCCAGAUACCAUGGUGGUGGAUGAAGGAGUUCAAGCUGGAGACAAUCCUGGAGACGAUUCAUACAAUGUCAAAGGAACAGUCAAUCCCCAGGAGGAAGGUGGCAACGGCGAAGAUACGGUGAUGGAGGAAGAGAACAAAGGUAACCAUACCCCAGUCCCUGUUGGUGACGAUGGUGAAGGCUCCGAAGAGAGGGAGGCUGAUACAGGCGAAAUGCAGGCUCAGAGCCAAACUCUUGUCACUCCAACUAUUGCAGUUAUCCCGACAGGCAGAGUUUCGACAAGUAGUAUUAGGGGCCUCUCUGCAUAA